GCUGGUCCUUGCACUGAAUUGUUAUUUGACUUUGACUCCUCAUUCCUGGGCUGUUAAUAUUCAAUCAGCAUGUUGCUCCUUCUCUCUCUCGGACUUUGUUGCCUUUUAGCAGUUUUACUCAAAUUGAUUUUUGGCUCAAAUCCCAAUCCUUUUGCUGUUGACACCAGACGGCCACCUCAACCUUUAGUGCUGAACCAGAGGACCAGGAACAAAAUCCUUAAACGAGGGUUUUUGAUAGACAGAGUACCAGCUCAUCUUGAUGCCAUCGUGAUUGGCAGUGGAAUCGGAGGACUUACGGUGGCAGCAGUAUUGGCUAAAGCUGGCAAACGUGUUCUGGUGCUGGAACAACAUGAGAUUGCUGGAGGCUGUAGCCAUACAUUCGAGGAAAAGGGAUUUGAGUUUGAUGUUGGCAUCCAUUAUAUCGGACAAAUGCACGAGUGUGGACUGCUGCGGGUAAUCAUGGAUCAAAUCACCGAUGGGCAGCUGGAAUGGACUCGAAUGGAUGAUCAAUACGAUAACAUUAUCCUGGGCAGCGGAGACAACACCCGUAAAUAUGAACUCUACAGUGGCAAACAGGGCUUUAUUGACGCAUUGAAGAGGCAAUUUCCUCAGGAGGAGCAAGCUAUCGAAACAUUUAUGAAACAUUUAAAGAAAGCUUCAAAGCAUGUUCCCCUGAUGGCUAUCCUGAAAAUGAUUCCUUUUUGGUUGGCCAAAUUUCUUAUUAAGACGGGCAUCAUCCAUUGGAUCUCCACAAUAUUUAAGGAUGCAAGCACAAAUGUUACUCAGGUUGUUAAUAAGCUGACAGAAAACAAAGAUCUAAGAGUUGUCUUCUGCUACAUGUUCACCGGUGUCCCUCCCAAAGAAUCCAGCUUUGUUAUGAAUGCACUGUUGGUACAUCACUAUAAGCGUGGAGCUUGGUAUCCCAAAGGAGGUGCCAGCGAGAUUGCCUUCCAUUGUAUCCCAGUUAUCCAGAGGACAGGUGGGGCUGUUCUUAUGCGCGCCCGUGUGCAGCAGAUUUUAAUUAGCAAAAAUGGAGAGGCCUGUGGUGUGACUGUCAAAAAAGGGCAAGAGGAAAUAAAUAUUUAUGCCCCCUCGGUCAUCUCUGAUGCCGGAAUUUACAACACUUAUGAAUGUCUUUUACCAAAGGAAAUCCAAGCCAAACCCGACAUCCAGUCACAGCUUAGCAUGGUGCGUCAUAGCAUGGGAUCGUUCCUUGUGUUCGUCGGUCUCAAAGGUACAAAAGAAGAGUUAGGGUUGAGAGCAACCAAUUAUUGGAUUUAUCAAAACAACAACAUGGAUGAGCUAAUGUGUCACACCAUGCCUGCAAGCAAGGAGGAGUUUGUCAAAACUAUUCCGAUGUUAUUUAUUACUUUUCCAUCAGCCAAGGAUAUCACCUGGAAGGAACGAUACCUAGGAAAUUCGUGUAUGACAAUUCUAACCAUGGCUCGCUACGAGUGGUUCGAGGAAUGGAAAGAUGGAAAAGUAAAGAGUCGAGGGGCGGACUACGAGACAUGGAAGAUGGACAUUGCCAGGAAACUAUUGGACCGGGCCAUAGAUUUGCUUCCACAGCUGAAGGAUAAGAUUGAAUACAUCAAUGCGGCGACUCCUCUCAGUAAUCAGUACUACCUGGCUGCACCUCGAGGGGAGAUGUACGGUAUCGAGCAGGACCUUCAUCGGUUCACACCUGAAGUCGUCGCCUCAAUCAGAGCCAAAACGCCCGUGAAGAACCUUUACCUCACUGGUCAAGAUGUCUUUUCCAAUGGGAUAGCAGGAGCUAUGCAUGGAGGCCUUCUCUGUGCCUCUGCCAUUCUCAGGCGAAUUGUGUAUAUAGAUCUUAUUUUUCUUAAACGGAGACUUAAGAAGAAACAACUUAAAAAAGUUGUGUGAACCUCUGACAGCAGGUUUAAUCAGUGCUUCAUGGCACUGUGAAUAAAGGACGCUUGAUUCAA